AUGUACGGUCGUGGAGGUAGCGUGGGAAGCAGAAAGCAACACAGCUCUGGAGCUCAAUGGGCAAACCAGAUGUCAGUCAAUUCAAACAUGGAGGACUUACUGCGGUGGCCGAAGAAACAGCCAAGUCUCUCCCUUCGUCUCAAUGGCCGGCGUUCACUCGUGUCCCACGGCGGCUUCCAAGUUGUAAGCUCCAAAGGUCCCCAAACUCCUCCGCCACCCAUGCAUUUCCCGGCUCCCCGCAACGGUUAUGGCGUCCGGAUCUGCAACAAAGCCAGCGAUCGUAAAGGCGGGUUUGCUGUAUGUAAGGAGAAGACAUCAGCUGAGUUGAUCCCCCGCAAUUUCACCCUUGCGCAUAGAGAACUAGCGCUAUGGAGUUGCAUUGCUGGCAACGCAACGUCAAUGCUAUUACUUCAAUUAUCCUCGUCUGCCGCCUUCCUUUUACAGUCAAGCGCCUCCGGAAUGCGUACUACUACUACUACGUGUCUACCUAGUAAACGCCGCUCAACCCACCUUAUCAACCUCAUUAGAAGCCGCGCUUAA